CUGAAGUACUCAGAGUUUCCCUCAUCAGUCCCGGACAGUGUCCCAGCCGGCACCACACGGCCUUCAGCGUGUGUUUGAGGAAGACGUCCCAUCAGCAGCCGGUAUUCUGAGCCAGGGAAACUGAUGAAGGAUGUUUGCCUCCGCUCGACCAAUCACGCUGCUGCUGCUUCACCUGCUCGGCUCAGUUACAUCACUUUCCAUUCGCACAGCUGCUCCACCCAUUCCGUCCCAAGUCUCCCGUCCCUCACCCGUCCAGUCUUUCCCCUCGUCUGUCAGCGUCUCGCCCUCCAUCCCUCCCUCCAUCAGCAGCGGAGAGGCGACCACCACAGCUGGAUGCCCCCUGACCACGUCGCCCUCCACCGUGGUCGUCAGGUUUGCUGAUACGUUCACAGUCAACUGCUCUGUACCAGUGAUGGGAUUCCCUCUCCUGGGCUGGGAAGUCAAAGAGAGAGAACUCAUGCCGAUUCCCGAAUCCACUACGGAUCGCUUCCUGGUGUGGAGUGUGGACAGGAUGACCGAGUGGAGCAUCGAACCCUCGUGCUACGCUCUGUCGGAGCAGGGAGGACAGUGCCAAAUCCACCUCCCUGUGAUCGUCUACAAGCCUCCAGACUUCGUCUCCAUCAGCGUUGCCUAUCACUCCGGUCCGAUGCUGGAGGGGCGUGGCUACACUCUGCAGUGUGAGGCGCAGGGCGUGGCUCCGGUGGGACGUCUCGCCGUGACCUUCUACAAGGGGCCGUCGGCUCUGAGUCAACUGCGGUCCAUCAACCCGGAGAAGAAGCCAGUGACCAAGGUCUUCACUCUGGAUAUUAUCCCCAGUAAAGAAGAUAAUGGAGCUGAGUACUGGUGUGAAGCCAAGCUGGAACUCGGACCAGACGGACCACAGCACCCUCCAGUGGUGACGUCACAAAAACUCAAUGCCACGAUCCUCUUUGGUCCAAACCUCGUCUGUCCAACGAAGCUGCAGGUGAGAGAGGGAGAGAGUCUGUCCUGUGAGGUGAGAGGGAACCCUCGGCCGUCAGUCACCUGGUUCAGGGAUGGACAGGAGGUCGCCCUGCCCGCUCACUCCACCAGAGAGCAUGCUGGGAAAUACACGGCCUGGACAAUAGGACAUCUGGGAGAGAAAAACUUUACAGUGGAGGUGGAGGUCCUCGGGGGCAGAGGAACUACAAACAUCUUGAAUGGAUAUUUCCUUUUGGGCGUCGUCUUAAUCCAGAUGAUUACGUGGCUGUAAAAACAAAAAACACGACCCAGCUCCAACUGUGACCCCCCACCACAUCAUUUGAAUGAACUGCUCCCGAUACGAGGGAUACUUUCAGAGCUGGAGUCAGUGAAGUGAUUGUGUUUCUCCUCUUUUUGUCCCAAUGGAUCUUUUUGUGCUUCUUUAUGUUCAAGGUACAUUUUCUUCUGUUGUUACACUGAAGCCUCCACAACAGCUACAUUUCAAUUCAUGCAGAAAAAAUAAUCACUUUCUUGUCGUGUACAACUUCAUCACAAAUCAUGCUGACUGUUCAGUUUUCACAUUUGCUAAAUGUUGGUGUCCCCAGGUCUUACUUCUCUGCUGUGCAUUAAAAUGAAC